AUGGAUUCAGACACGUUACCUAUCCGUUGGGACGGUACUAGACUAUCGUCAUCUCCUUUUGCACGACAUGGAUGGCCCCGAUUAUCUCCGUCAUAUGCACCACCAACAAGUGAUGCAGGCCCCUCACGCCACGCAUCCUGGCGAAACAACGAAUCUGCAACAAACGAGUCAGAUCUAACAUCUCGAUCAACGUCCCUGCAUCAGACUAACGGAGAUUCACGGCGUUUGCCCCGAAGAGAUCGGCCCAUUAACCCUGCUGCCUCUAGACAGUCGGACGCUGUACCAACACAGCCUGUCCUUGUCAGAGCGUACUCCGGCAAUGCAGAGGGCUCGUCCACAAAAUCUUCAAAUAUGCCUCCCCGCCGACUGUUUCCAUUCAGUAACUUGAAAAGCUCGGCUCCCUCGCGUCCAUCGGGACCACCGCUUCCCUCAGACAAGGACUUCAGUAUCGAAAGUAUACUACAAGCUAUCGAGCCUGAUAUUCGUGGAACCUUAGACUCGAUCGCUGACAUUUGUGGUCGGAGCAAGUUCAGUCUUGCGAAUGAAUACGGCAGCCACAUCGCUCCUCUCGGUGAGAUACGAGCACCACCAGGUGGCCUUGUGCCCGUCGAAGAAGCGACCUCGAGUGACGAACGACCCGACGAUGACGUGGUGAUCUUUGACGAAGACCCCAAUAUCAUGGAAGCCGGUCAUGAUAUGCACACUUUCUCAUUCUACCGAUAUCUUGAAAACCUCCGCAGAGCCGCGUCAGCUUUGGAACGAAAUACUGGCCCCAGCAUACCUGGAACGGCACAACCAGCUUCUGCGCACCCUGUGACAGCAAACAAUACCCCUAUUAAUGUACCUGAAAUGAACAUAGGGAACUUGCCAAACACUCGAGAGUUUGUUUCAAGACCGAAGCACUCGGGCAGAGACCUACUAGCGAAGGCCACUUCUGGCUCUGGUGAAAAUGAGUCUCUAGCGCAAAAUGUGUCGACACCUGCUGUGGUUUCUGAGGUCCAUUUGGAUGCUCAGGCCAAUGAAAUCCAUCCUCCACGCAACGUUAAAGCUCCCGCUAUGAAUUCCUCUGCCCCUACCCUGCCAAACCAAUCUACCUGGCAGGCACCAGACGUCAUUCGGUCGCUUCUUAGUUGGCUAAAAUGGAGUUCACGAAUAGCUGGGCCAGAAAACCAGCAUGAUUUACAGUCGGCCGAGAGUCGUCUACGAGCAAUGCUGCAACAGUCUGCGGGAGAUGGCACACUUUCUCCAACGAUUUAG